AUGCCCCAGCCCACAGAGCACGUCCCCUGGCGCUGGCUGAAGGAGGGCAGGGAGUCUCGGACGCUGGUGUUGGUGGUGGUAUUCGUCGCACUGCUGCUGGAUAACAUGUUGCUCACUGUUGUGGUACCUAUUGUCCCCACCUUUCUUUAUACGACUGAAUAUGAAGGCCCUAACAGCUCUGCUACCCCAGAACAGACAGAGUCUGCUCCCUCAACCUUCAAGACUCCUCCUUUCUCCUCCAUGUUCUCCUAUUUUGACAACACCACAGUGACUGUCUUGGACUACUCUGCCAACAGCACUGUGGAGCAGGUGAACGUGACUGAAAGCAGGAGCUUGCCUCAGCUCCCUGAGACCAGCCCACCACCAGAAAGCAGCUGCCUGGAGGGCAAAGAGUUCCUCACCAAUGAAAAUGUCCGCGUGGGGCUGCUGUUUGCCUCCAAGGCUCUCAUACAGCUCAUUGUCAACCCAUUUGUGGGUCCCCUGACCAACAGGAUAGGAUACCACAUCCCCAUGUUCAUUGGAUUCAUCAUCAUGUUUCUCUCCACAGUCAUGUUUGCUUUCUCAGGCACCUAUACCUUGCUGUUCAUUUCUAGAGCACUCCAAGGAAUUGGUUCAUCAUUUUCAUCAGUUGCAGGCCUGGGCAUGCUGGCCAGUGUGUACACGGAUGACUCCGAGAGAGGCAAUGCAAUGGGGAUUGCUCUAGGAGGCCUGGCCUUAGGUGUGCUGAUUGGGGCCCCCUUUGGAAGCGUGAUGUACGAAUUUGUUGGGAAAUCAUCUCCCUUUCUGAUCCUGGCAUUCUUAGCCCUGCUGGAUGGAGCUUUACAGCUUUGUAUACUGCAGCCCUCUAAGAUCUCCCCUGAGAGCACCAAAGGCACACCAGUAUUCACCUUGCUGCAAGACCCCUACGUCCUUGUUGCCGCAGGAGCCCUCUGCUUUGCUAAUAUGGGGGUGGCCAUGCUUGAACCCACCUUGCCUAUCUGGAUGAUGCAAACCAUGUGCUCCCCGAAAUGGCAGCUAGGGAUGGCAUUCCUUCCUGCCAGUGUAUCCUACCUCAUUGGCACCAAUCUCUUUGGGAUUUUGGCUCACAAAAUGGGGCGGUGGCUCUGCUCUCUCAUCGGAAUGGUUGUGGUGGGAAUUAGUCUCCUUUGUGUACCUCUGGCAACAAAUAUUUAUGGGCUGAUUGCCCCGAAUGGUGGGCUUGGCUUUGCCAUCGGAAUGGUGGACUCCUCAAUGAUGCCUAUUAUGGGUUACCUGGUGGACCUUCGCCACACCUCUGUCUACGGCAGUGUCUACGCCAUAGCUGAUGUCGCCUUAUGCAUGGGCUUUGCUAUCGGUCCAUCCACAGGAGGUGCAAUUGUACAAGCUAUUGGAUUUCCUUGGCUGAUGGUCAUCAUAGGAGUUAUCAACAUUGCUUAUGCUCCUCUUUGUUGGUAUCUGCGCAGCCCUCCUGCUAAAGAGGAAAAGAUUGCAAUUUUAAGCCAGGAAUGCCCCAUGCAAACCAAAAGCUACACCACACAGAAAUCACUGAGAGACUUCCCUCUCACAGAUGACAGCGAUGUGGAGGUAGAAAAUGCAGAAUAGCA